AUAAUUGACAUUUAAAUACUAUUGAAUAAUAACUACCUAUUUCACUCAAAUAUCGUGCACAUGUAAAUAUAAACAUUCCAAACAAAACAUACUCUAAUCAAUGAUCUUGGAGGUGAUAGAAGGUGAUCGAAGCCGAUAUGUGACUGAUAUGAGUAGAUUGGUGGUGCGUGGGGAUCUGCGGGUUCGUGCCAGACGAUACACGCGUCUCUCGCGCGGUGCUGUCGUGCAGGCCCUCCUGAAGCAGUCACCGCUCGCCGGCCGCGUCGCGCUGCCGCAUCCAUCCGACAUGCCGCAGCCGCAGCCGCACCAGCCUCUCCUACUACGCGCGCGGACGCCGACCAAGACCAAGACGCGAGCCUUCACUCGUAAUCGCCUGCCUAAUGGACGCGCGCGCCGUCUGCAGCGCAGCCAGGACGAAACCGCCAGCACCGCCAUCAACUUCCUCGACUUCUUCUCCGGCGGCUUUCCGCUAGUGCCGCUGACUUCCUUGCCUUGAAACUUUUGUUGCAAACUCGACAAACUCUACAUCUAAACUCAUUUUGUGUGUGAGUGUGAUAAACUUCGCAUUUAUAGGAUAAUCGAAUUCUUAAGCUAAGAUAAAUUAAUAUAAAGUGCCAUUGUUAAGUUACCUCAAAUUUUGUGAAGUGUGAAUUUUAAUCAUUUUUGGUGUUUUUUUUGGCGGCGCAUGACGAAAGUUUGCUGGAUUUAUCCAACGCGGAAGAGCGUCAUUAAACCUCUGCAGGGCAGUGAUGAGGCAAUGAGGGAAUGAUGCAGUGCGUGUAAAUUUGUGUGUGGUUUAUAUCAGCGCUUCUGUUUUCCGCCAGCGAGUUUACUUGGGACACAUUGUCUCCCAAGCUGACGGACCUGCAUAACAUGAUUUGGACCGGCGGCGGCGACUACGACUGAUCCACAGUUUCCGUCCCCAGAAGAAGACCUCCGGAAGGCAGACGUCGUCAGCGGCUGUUUGUCUAUAGGCGGGCGACGACGCAACAUCGAGUGAGUGCGAGGGAUAAGAGCGGAUGCCAUCUUACCCCUCGCACCCGACCAACCCUCACCCUGUCAGCGUCGUCUACUAUGCAAAUUGCACACUUUCUUCGAACCCUUAUCGCGGUGCUUAGCUUGGCCGCCGUCUUUUAUCCAGCGGUUUGUCAACACGAACAACACUUCCAUAACUACACACUCAUCUCACACUCUAGACCCAGCAUCGGAUUGUAUGAAUGGAUUCGAACUGGAUACGUGCCGUACGAUCAAGGCAUCCCACUCGAACACGCCGGCGAGCUACUGAGCCUGCGCGAUAACCAAAUGCUACUGCGGAAGGAGGCACACCAGGAGAAUCGCACUUCGGUGGAGUGCUGUCCUUCGGUGCUGGAGAUGACGGAGCCGCGCGGCGGCAAAAACCGCGACGAUCAGAUCGUCGAGUUGUACCAUGACGGAAAUAUGACUCAACGUUUCUACGAGGUGUCCUGCCAUGUGGACAUCUUAGACAAACCGUGCCGGUUUAUGGACAAGAAACUGCACGGCGAGUCGCGCUGUAAGCAGAACUACAUGUUCACGUAUGCGCUGGUAAAGGACCCAGUGCGCCACCAUGGCCAUCAUCGUCGCGGCGGCGAUCACUAUGGUCACAAUGGCAGUUGGACGAUGGACUACAUCAAGAUACGCAGCGGAUGCAGCUGCGUGGUGAUACCGCCCACGAUUAAGAAGGCCAAGAAACGCGACAAGUUUAAAAACCGCCGGCGGCAUAAGGGCUACGACUAAGCACCGCAGCCUCUCCCACACCCCCAAAACGAUAAGAGACGAGGAAAACGUAAAUCAGUUCCACUAUACCAAAGGAGUUUUUUAUACAUUUUAUUUUUAGCUAGCUAAGCAAUUAAUUGACGAGACACAGCGAGGUUUAGAUUACGUCUAGAGAGAAUCAUAGCUUAAGUGGAGGAUAUUUUUAUUAUAUUUAUUUUCGCGUAUAAUGUUUAUACUUAAUGUUUGUCUACGAGUAAUUCAUGUACAAUUUAUGUUAAAACUAUUUGCUGAUUUCCGUAAGAUAUUUUUGCGACUCUUUUACAUUUGCUAUUUUUUUUUUGAACAUUUGUUACCAACUCCUGACAGUUUAUUGAACAUACUCAAUGCUUUGCUUCAAUUCUUGAACUACUAUAAAACUCUUCAUGUUGCGAAAUAUUAUAGCUUUAAAACAUAACUUACAACUCUUGUUCUAUGUCUAAAAGUUUAAAAAAAUACAGAUACGUAAAUCAAGUAUAGAUAUAACGUGAAAUUACACAGUUUAACUUCAAAUUCCAUACAUAGGACAAUUUUAUUGUCGAAUUUCAGUAAAACACCUACACAUUUUGUUUUAUUGAAUAGUUACCUAGUGCACAGAAUGACGAACUGACUAAUUCUUAAGCGAUAAAUUAUUAUUAUUAAAAAAUUAUACAAGCAACAAGAAUAAUCAAUUAUUAUUCGUGUAUGCUAUAAAAAUUAAUCAAAAAUAUAUAUGACGCCAAUUAACGAAAAUGAAAAAAUAACUUAUAAAAUAACAAGCAUAACAAGCCCUAACUAUAAUAUAGCCGUAUGAGAAUCAAAUGUUGCCAAAAUGGGCUUCUGCAUGCCUUUGUAUGAUAUUAAUUUUGUAUGUAUUAUGUGUAAGUUUAUGUUUAUUUGUAAAGUUUGUUCCACAUUCACAGAUUUUUGAAGCGCAAUGUAAACAUUACGUGUAGUGUCCAUUUUUAAUUAUAUAGCAAAACAAAUCUUAACUGCUGUACAGAAAAAUAUAUUUUAGCAAAAGCAA